GAAUAUAAAGUAGGAAGCUUUUCACGAUUGGACUUUGGAUAAGGGGUUGAAACCCGCCAUGAUUGAUAAAAAAUGGAAAAUUCAUUUCUUCUUUUAUUACUAGUUUAUUUCUGUCUUUUCUUCGGAUUGGCCCAUCUCCUUUGACUGUGGCAUUGGACUUCGCCAAGAACAGAAAGUUGGCGACUUUGACCGAUCUUCUUGGGCUCCCCCGACCGGAAAGAAGAAGAAGGAAGGUGAUUUUCACAGACCCAAGUCGUUUUUCAGAUUGUUUUUGCUAGCUUGGAACUUGGGAUGGGAAGAAAAUUACUGGAAAUCCACUGUCUCUUUGUUGGUUGGUCAUCAAUUCACAGGAUUCAAGUUUCCAAAUAGGGGGGCUAGAUACAAUUCAUUUCUUCACAUAAUCCUCUCUGGGGUUUCUGAUAUUUGUCGGGGGUGAUCUCGAGUUCAGCUUCAUUGGCAUUAUCUGUGCCUGUCUGUUUCUCUCUAGGCUCAACUCUUAAGCUUCGGCCAGGCUGUUUCAGAGUCAUGUUUUUGUUAUAUCAACUCCACCUACAGUUGUUACUGGCUCGUUAAACCAAAUACAUACCCAUCUGAAUCCUACAGGCUGUUUUCGACUAACUGUAGUCCGUCAAUCAACGAUCUGUUCUGGUAGCUGACGCAGCUUAGGCUAUAUGACCGUGGACGAAACGACUAGCGACUGCUCCUGGAGUAGAGAGCAGGAUAAAGCGUUUGAGAAUGCACUCGCAACUUACCCAGAAGAUUCAGCUGAUCGAUGGGAGAAGAUAGCCGCCGAUGUGCCGGGGAAAACUGUAGAAGAGAUUAAACGUCACUAUGAAAUUCUGGUCGAUGAUGUCAAUAGCAUCGAGUCGGGUUGUGUGGAACUGCCUCCUUACAGUUGUUCUCCAGAGGGUUCAACAAGCCAUGGCGGCGAUGAGAUGAAUAGUAAGAAGGGCAGUCAUGUUGGGAAUCUCCAUGGCAAUUUGAAUCACGAGGGGAAGGCAUCGAGGUCGGACCAAGAACGUCGGAAGGGAAUUGCCUGGACGGAAGAAGAACACAGAUUAUUCCUACUUGGCUUGGAAAAAUAUGGAAAGGGAGAUUGGCGAAGCAUCUCCCGAAACUUUGUAGUGACAAGGACACCUACACAAGUGGCUAGCCACGCCCAGAAGUACUUCAUCCGGUUGAACUCAAUGAACAAAGAUAGGAGGCGUUCUAGCAUUCACGAUAUUACCAGUGUUGACAACGGAGAAGUCUCGACACCCCAAGGACCAAUCACUGGUCAAACAAGCAGUUCUGUGGCAGGUGUUUCGUCCAGCAAACCUAGUAAACAGCCCUUUCAACCACCAACUGGGCCCGCCAGUAUCGGUGUUUAUGGUGCUCCAAUGAUCGGGCAACCGAUAGGUGGGCCGCUUGUUUCUGCUGUGGGGACUCCAGUGAACCUCCCCGGUCCAUCACAUAUGGCAUACGGUGUAGCCCCGGUGCCAGGGGCCAUGGUUCCUGGUGCACCCAUGAGCGUAGGUCACGUAACAUAUCCGAUGCCGCAUGCAUCAGCUCAGAGGUGAUUGUAUAGGAGAUGUAAAUGAAAGACUGAAAGGCAUAUUGGUUGUGCUUUGUGAUGUACCAAGGAUCACUCCGUAGAGUCCUCUGUGGGUCUAUUGUCUCGAUUCUUUGGUGGCCUUCUUUUGGCCUUGCGUCUAUUUUCUGAUAGUCUCUUCUAUGCUUAAGAGUAGUGCUUGUGAGAUGAGAGUAUAUUAUGCUUAGAAAUUCAAACCAAUUAGAAUUUUACGAUUGUUAGCGGAUCUUCAGAGUGCUGAUGAUUCUUACUUGAAAUUCUAGUGUCAAUGUCAUGUAAUUCCGAUAUGACCAAUUUGCUAUGUCAGUCUGCAACCAUGAGAAAACUUUCCUA